AUGAAUCCUUGUGUUUUUAUAGUUUUCUCACUUCUCCUGCUACGCCUUGAGACUACAACUGCCAACCAGUUGGUAGCAGCGGGAGAAGAAGAUGAUAAUGGUGUCAUGAAGAAGUGUUUGGAUAAGGAGAGACAUGCUCUUCAUCAUUUCAAAUCCCACUUCCAAGACCCCUGUGAAAAUCUCUCUACAUGGAGAGCUGAAGAAGAUGAUUGUUGUAAAUUGAUAGGAGUCACAUACAACAACCGUGUCAUUAAGCUAAGUAUUAGCUCUGUUGGCCUUAAUGGUGAGAUGAGCAAUUCUUUGAUUAACUUAAGCUACUUGACUCAUCUUGAUCUUCACUCUCAUUUUCUUCAUGGAAGUAUUCACACCUUCAUUGGUUCCAUGACCGAAUUAAGGUACAUUGGCCUUAUCAAUAACUCUCUUCAUGGAAACAUUCUUUGGUCAACUGGUUCCUGA